AUGGAGUUUAAUGAAACGAUUUGCGAGAUCGAAUGGCGGCAACAUUUGUAUUUGUUGCGAAUCAAAUUUUUCCUGAAAUUCGUAACAAAUUCGGAUUCGUCAGAUUCGAUUUGCUCAUCCCUACCAGUCUUUAAGAAUGGAAAAAAAGCACAUAACAAGCUUCUUGUGAUUUCGUUUGAUGGAUUUCGAUGGAAUUAUGAUCAAGAUGUUGAUACUCCACUCCUGGACUACUUGGCGGAGACUGGUGUGAAGGCAAAAUAUAUCACCCCACCUUUUGUGACAAUGACGUCUCCUUCUCACUUCACCACAAUCACUGGACGAUGGGUUGAAGAUCAUGGCGUUAUCCACAAUUUGAUGUUUAAUACGGAGACGCUGCAGAAGAUGUCUUUCAAAAAAACACAAAAUAUGUCAGAAUGGUGGGACAAUGGAGCGCUUCCGCUAUGGAUCACUGCACAGAAUCAGGGCUUAAAGGCUGGUUCCCUUCACUAUCCAGGAGGAAAUGCUAACUACAGUGGUAAAACAGUUAAUAAAGCGCUGGCAGAGUUAUCCGACCAUCCUGACAGUGACGAGAAUGAGUGGAGAGAUAACAUAGAUAUUGUUAUGAAAUGGUUCAAUGAAGAUGGUUUGGACUUUGUUACACUCUACUAUGGAGAACCAGAUAAAACCGGACACUUAUAUGGUCCAGAAACUGAACAGAGAAAAACAAUUAUUAAACAAAUAGACAGAACUAUUGCAUAUCUCUUAGAAGCAAUUGAAAAAAACAAGCUCAAAGAUAAAUUAAAUGUGAUCAUUACAUCUGACCACGGCAUGACCACAGUCAAGAAAGCACCUGCUGUAAAUGAAAUUAGACUGUCAGAUUUCAUUUCCUUUAAAGACACGGUUAAGUUUGACAUCCUGGACUAUGGUGGUUUUGGAAUGAUUGUACCAAAAGAAGGCAAGGAAGAAGAAGUAUAUCAGGCUCUUAUUACGGCUCACCCUAAUUUAAAGGUGUAUAGAAAGCAGGAAUUUCCUGAACAUCUCCACUAUUCUAAACAUGAAAGGAUUUUGCCCCUUUUGCUUUACGGAGAUCUGGGCUACAGUGUAAAUGGGCGAUUUAUAUUAUAUGUUAACAAGGGAGAUCAUGGAUUUGACAACAAUGAAAUGGACAUGAAGAUGAUAUUUCGUGCCUUUGGUCCAGAUUUUAAAAAGAAUUACACUGCAGAACCGUUCGAUAGCAUUCAAAUAUACCCCCUAAUGUGCAAACUCUUGGGUGUCAUUCCAGAGCCACACAAUGGUUCUAUUACAGUUACUCAAGAUAUGAUUUCAACUAUAGCAGAAGAGCCUGGUGAGCCCAAUGACAACAAUCUAAAUACUGAUGCAAUGUCUGUGGCAGUGAUCGUACUUUCUUCAGUAUGUGGAGUGCUUGUGCUGAUUUUCCUAUUAUAUGUGCCAUACACAGCUGUGAAGAGGAAGAAAGGAGAAAAGAAAGAAAGAAAAGAGAAAAGACAUGAAGAUGACAUUAAAGAAGACAAAGAACCACAGACUUCACUGUAGAUUAUUGGGAAUUCUUAAUUCUUUUAUGAAAUGCAAGAUCAGUUGCAU